CAAAAUCCUUACAUGUAACUCCUAUUUGCCAAUCACACCAUGCAAGUGACACAACAAAACUGCAAAGCGGGUUGCCGCCGAGGGGUUACAUUCAGCCGGCAUCACGCGUAUAGAAGUCACUGCAUUCAUAACCCAACACGAGCCCCAAACCAUGCCUCGAUAUCACCUCUCAAAGCUGCGGCCAUCGCCACUGACGUCUCGGCAGACAGCUGGUACACGGGGCCGGUGGCCAUUCCCCGCCAGGUCGACGGCAUCGAGAUAGCCAUGCUACAAGGCAAGGGUCGCGGCAUGGUAGCCACUCGAGACUUCGCCCCGGGCGAUGUCGUCAUGUCCACACCGCCGCUUGUCCUUGUCACCUCACCCCACCGGCAGCGUCCCUCCGGCGAGCUGGUCGUGGAUGAAAUCCUGGAGCGCAAGCUGUACGGCAGCAAGUGGUUCUCCGUACUGUACGAUGGCAGCAGCCGCUCAUGCAAGCCCCACUUCGGCUUCGGCGCAGCCGCUGAGGCAGACGCCAGUGGAGAAACGGCAGCGGCGGCGGCUGCAGAUGCGCCUCGGCCUGCAGGGCCGCCGGAGCCCAUGCUAGCCUCCACAUCCGCACCAGCAGCCAGUGCUGCUGCUAGUAAGCCCACAGCUGCUGCGGCUGCGGCGCCUAAGAAGAAGGGCUUCCUGGCCAGUAGGGCGGCAGCUCGUCGCACGGGCGCAGCGGCAGGAGGAGCGGCAGGUGGAACAGCUACAGGUAGCGGCAGCAGCGCAGCGGAAGCGCUGCCGCUGCCUGACAAGCGCGAGCAAACCCGGCUGGCGAAGAUCGUCAAGUUCAACUGCUUCGGAGACGACGCUGAGGACCUGGCGGCCAGUGCCUGCCGCGGCGAGGAGCCCCGCGGCCACAUCGGGCUGUGGCCGGAGUUCGCGCUGCUCAACCACUCCUGCGCGCCCAACACCGUCAACUUCGUGGUGGGGGGCGCCAUGGUGGUGCGAGCCGUCAGGAACAUCCGCGCAGGGGAGGAGGUGAGCAUCAGCUACCUGGGUCGGCCGCAGCUGCUGCCCUUCCAGCGCCGCAUGCAGGCGCUGAAGGAGGACUACGGCUUUGACUGCGACUGCGUGCGCUGCACGGCCGAGCAGGCGCACUACGACAAACUGGACGACGUCUACCUGGAGCUGUUUGAGGCGGUGGAGGGGAAGCUGGGACCCGCGUUUCUGGAGGCACGUCGCGAGGGCAACAUGGAGGCGGUGGCGGAGGUGCAGCAGGAGCUGCAGGGGUGGCUGCGUCGCUUGUACGGCAUCUUCCGUAAAACGCUGCUGGCGCCUGAUGUACGACAGUACGUGAUUGCAAGCAUGUACGACGCGUACGAUCUUGCGUUCUCGUGCGCUGCGGCGCUUGGGCAGGGCGAGGAUGCGAGCAGCUUGCAGGCAUGCCUGAAGGCUAUGGAAGCAGUGUCCGCUGGAUCCGACCUGCAUGUAAUACUUGCGGUAAGGUACUUCGACUGGUGCGUGAGGGAGCACGGCGAGGGCAGUGCGCUUACGGAGCUGGCCCGUGGGUCGCUGCGACGGGCGCACGUGGCGCGGUACGGGCCGGUGAGCGGGGAGGUGAUGGCUAAGCUGGUGGAUAACAACCGCGCGCUUCACAUCUCGACGAAUAAUGGAACGGAGGCUUAGGGAGGGCGCUGGCGUGGGAACCUGGAGCUAGGGAGUUGGGGCAUGCGUUGGGGGAUGAGGAGUGCAGAGCGCAUGUAUCAGUAUUGUGGGGGCUGGGGGCUGCAUGUAUCCGUUGUUUGGCGGUGAAGUGGAAGAGGAGCCCUUCAAGAGGUGCAGCGGUACGAAUGCGGUGCCGUAGGUCGGAGGCCGGAACCUUUGGGCAGAGCGUUCUUGACGACAUGCAGCAAGGAG